CAUGCCGACUGCCGCACGAAACGGGCAUUAUGGGGGCGGCGAACGAUACCAUCCUCUGUGUGGACGGGCUCAUGAUGCCGUGCUGGCAUCCUCUCGUCGGAGUGCCUUUCUGGGAACGUGUUGGACGGGGGAUUGUAUAUUUCCUGCUACUUGCUUAUCUUUUUAUCGGAGUUUCCAUUAUUUCUGACCGGUUUAUGGCAGCUAUUGAAGUUAUAACUUCCCAAGAAAAAGAAGUUUCAGUAAGAAAAUCAAAUGGCGAUACACAAAUUGUUGUGGUUCGGAUGUGGAAUGAAACUGUCGCCAAUUUAACUUUGAUGGCAUUAGGUUCUAGCGCUCCUGAAAUAUUAUUGUCUGUUAUUGAAAUUUACGCAAAAAACUUUGAAGCCGGUGAUCUUGGUCCUGGUACCAUUGUCGGAUCGGCUGCUUAUAAUCUAUUAGUAAUUAUUGCUAUAUGUGUGUCGGUGAUACCAAAUGGGGAAGUGAGGAAAAUAAAACAUUUGGGAGUUUUCUUUGUGACAGCAACUUGGUCCGUUUUUGCUUAUAUUUGGUUAUAUCUUAUUCUCUGCGUUUUUUCUCCUGAAGUAAUAGAAAUUUGGGAAGGUCUUCUGACUUUCUCUUUCUUUCCUCUGACUGUCUUGACAGCUUACGCCGCUGAUAGGAAAAUUCAUAAAUACAUGAUCAAAGAUUAUAGAAUGAAUAGACGUGGUGUCAUAGUGCAAGCGGAAGGUGAAAACUUAGAGCUAGGAAAUACAGAACUUCUUGCUCUUGAUGAUGUUCAUGAAGAUAUUAAACAAGAGUAUAUUACUACUUUAAAAGAACUGCGGCAGCAAAAUCCACAUGCUGAUCUAGGUGUUCUUGAGAAAAUGGCACACGAGAUGUUACUGAACAGAGGUCCAAAGUCUAGAGCUUUCUACAGAAUUCAAGCCACGAGAAAGUUAAUGGGUAGCGGCGAUUUAUUGCGAAGAAUAUCAGAACGAGCACAAAGUGACUUAAGUGAAGUCAAAGCUGAGCUUCAAAGAGAAUCAGGAGCUGCAGAAUAUAACCAAACAGCAUGUCGUGUAUUCUUUGAGCCAUCUAAAUAUACGGUUUUGGAAAGUUGUGGAAGAUUUGAAGUGAGAAUUGUCAGGGUCGGUAAUACGGACACAUCACUGACUGUUGAGUAUACUACUGAAGACGGUACUGCACAAGCUGGUAGUGAUUAUGUAAAAGCGAAAGGAAAUCUGCAGUUUGCACCUGGAGAGAAAGAAAAAAGGUAG